UUUCCAAGAAGUAUGUUUUUAGACAUGCUCUUUUUCCGGGAAGAAAGAUAAGAGAAGAUCUAUUGGAAUUUCUAUCUAUUGGAAGAGAUAAUAGUACAAAUACCAAUAAGAUUAGUGAGAUUAUUUAUUUGCAAAGAAUUUAGACGUGUUGAUGUUAUUAUUAUAUGUAUUUCUAGUAUUUUUCAUUUACAAUCAUGCAUAACUGUAUUGUCGUUGUGCUGUGCAUACUUCACCAUGUCAUGUCUCUCGAGCCAGUGUUCAUAGAGAUUGAAAGUGAUGAGGACUUGGACUUAGCUGUAAUAAACAAAGGCCUGGAUCUAUUUGAUGGCGACAUUAUGCAGGAAAUCCAGACAAAAACAAGGGUCCCCAGGAAUGCCAUUUUGAAUAGAAAACACUUGUGGGACAACCCUGUUCAUUAUGUAUUAGACGACUUGCUUACAAUGAAUGCAAAAGGAGUCAUCUUGCAAGCCUUUGAACAAUUCCGCUUGAAGUCAUGUAUUGACUUUAAGCCCAGAAUGGCCGAGGAAUACUACCUUUCAAUCACAGACUUAAAGGGGUGUUUCUCUUCUGUUUCAAGGUUGUAUAAAGAUGGCCAAAUUGUUUCCAUUGGUGAGAGAUGUGAUCGUCUUGGUAUAGUAGAGCAUGAGAUUCUCCAUGCUUUGGGCUUAUAUCAUGAACAAUCAAGAUAUGACAGAGAUGACUACAUAACUAUCAUGUGGGAAAACAUUAACUACGAGUACAAGGGAAAUUUCAAGAAAUUAUCACCCAGUUUAACUACAACAUUUAAUGCUCCAUAUGACUACAUGUCAGUGAUGCACUACGGCAAAAACCAUUUUUCUUCAAACUCUAAAAACACAAUUGUCACUAAGCUUCCAGAGUAUCAGGACAGAAUUGGCCAGCGAAUGGAAAUGAGCCCAACCGAUGUGUAUAAGUUGAAUCGUCUUUAUAACUGCAACACUUCGAUUUCCUUUAUGGAGCAUUGCAACUUCUCUAAUGCUGACAUCUGUGGGAUGAGCUACUGUAAAAAAGGCUUGGCUAAAGGUUGGACGAGAAUGAGCUUUGCUCCUGGAAAACCUUUUACUGACCACACCAACCUGCACAAGAUGGAUGGAAAAAGUUACUUCAUGCAUGCCAGCACAGCAUCAGGUCAGGAAGGAGACUCAUUCUGGCUGGAGACCAAGAGGAUGAAUCCUACUAGGAAGUGUCAUGUCCAGUGUCUCCAGUUCUACUAUUACCACAGCGGAAGCCCAUCAGACCAGCUCAACAUCUGGAUCAGAGAGUUUCAGGAUGAGAGGAACUCUAUCGGAAAUCUCCACCUCAUGGGUCAGAUCACUGGUGAACCAACCUAUCAGUGGCAGUUUCACAAGGUUCCUCUGAAUGCUUCUAAGUCUUUCCAAGUUGUGUUCGAGGUGCGCAAAGGAAACAAGGAGUCUUCAGGAGGCUUUUCGAUUGAUGACAUCAACCUAUCUGAGUCUGAGUGUCCACAUUAUGUCUGGCAAAUUAACAACUUUGAAAGGAUUUUGACAAGCUCUAACAAAGGUUAUCUAUACAGCCCCCGGGGAUAUUCUGCAGGAGGUUAUUCUUACCAGAUAGUAAUAGCUCUGCGCAAAACUUAUUUUGGAGUUUAUUUUCGCUUAGUGUCCGAUGACUCUGAUUCAACACUCGAAUGGCCUUGCCCAUGGAGGCAGGUCACUGUCAUCAUGCUUGACAAGAACCCACACAUUCAAAAACAGAUGUCCAAACAGAUCAGUUUAUCCACUGAUCCAUCAUUCUUUGCAUUUGAAAACCCACGUAUAUUAGGAAAACAUAUUGAAAGCAAUGGAGAGUCUUUAUAUGUGAAUCCAUCCUUUGGGAUGAAAACAUUUCUCUCCCUGGAGCAAAUUAGGAGCCGAGACUACCUGAAGGGAGGCACUGCUGUCUUCUUCUUUUCAAUGAGAGAUAUUUCCAGUCUGCAGGAGAGCAACACUUUACCUUGUCCAAAACAUCCACCGAGUAAUUUUACCACCACCUACCCAAACAACUAUGAAAAAGGCCCAUGUGACACAGAGUUGGAUUGAAACAUGUUAAAUCAUUGUUCCUGGGAGUGCUUACCUCAAAAUGGGUUCUGAAAGAGGUCUGUCGUGGCCGGGUGCAACGGUGAAAUCCCUCCUGAAGCUUCCCCACACUGCAGCAUUGACCAAAGAAGUACAAUCAUG